UUAGGGGAACAGGGGAUUAAUGGAUUGCGGGAUUCAGGGAUCCCCAAAGUCUAGCCCUACCAAAUAUCGAACACCCGUGUUCCCCACGAGAAAGGAGACAGACACCACGGAAAGCCACCAUCUCAAAUAGUUUGCGAAAUAAUCAACUCGAAUAGUUUCUACUCUUAAGCUCUAUCGUGUGUUUGAAAUACUCGCUCUUGUUCUCAUUCUUUUACCUUGUUACAAACUACCUAAUUCAACACAUCGACCCAAAAAUGCCGGGAAUAACGGAGCACCACCUUGAUGUCACAGACUCCCGCACGGGGAAGGCCUAUACGAUCCCAAUACAAGGGGAUUAUAUUCGUGCUGCUGACGUUGCCCGAAUUGGUGCUCCGGAUAGUAAAGAAGAUCUAGCUACCUCUUUGAAGGCUCGUCCACUCCACAUCAUCGACAAUGGCUUUCAAUAUACAGCUUGCAUGGAGUCGAGCAUCACUCACAUUGAUGGCGUGCGCGGUACUAUUCGAUACCGGGACUUUCCCAUCGAGAGUUUAUUCCACCAAUAUGUUUACGAAGACAUCAUGCACCUCAUCAUCUGGGGCAGCAUUCCCACUCAGCAACAAAAGGACCACGUCCGAGAGGUCAUGAGUGAUGCUAUGAACCCGUCUCAAAGUGUCAAGGAUGUUAUCUCAUCAUUCCCCCGCGACGCGGAGACGUUCCCCAUGAUCAUCGCCGGGAUGAGCGCUUUUGCCGCCAGCGAUAAAAUUAUCUGCAAGACGCGUCACCAGCAGACCGCCAUGUUUCACGGACACCUCGACGUGGCCGAUGAGGCCCUCGCGCGAACCAUUGCGUAUCUUGCUGCCACAAUCUCGCUCGUCUACUGCCACAAGAACGACAAGCAAUGGAACGCCCCCGAGCCAACCCGGUCGUUACUCCAGAACCUGCUCCUGAUGAUGGGUAUCACAGAUCCCCAGGUGGAGAGGUGCUUGACCAAGCUAUGGAUCUUGUACGCGGAUCACGAGAUGACCAACUCGACCGCUGCCGUGCUACACGCCGGAUCGACGCUCAUCGACCCGGUAGCCGCGGUGACGGCCGGUAUUAUCUGCGGAUACGGACCGCUGCACGGCGGCGCGAUCGACCUUGCGUACGAGGCGUUUAGGCAGAUCGGCACGGCAGAGCGCGUCCCACCGUUCAUCGAGCGCAUCAAGGCCAAGGGCGGGCGGCUGUUCGGCUACGGACACCGUGUGUACAAGACGCGGGACCCCCGCGUCGCGCUCAUCGAGGAGCUGCUGGAGGAGCACCAGGAAGCCGUCGAUGCUAACCCCCUCCUGCGCGUGGCCAUGGCCAUCGACAAGUACGCCAACCAGGACGCCUACUUCAUCGAGAGAGGCCUCAAGGCAAAUGCCGACCUGAUGGGCUGCUUCCUCUACACUGCCAUGGGUUUUGACACUGACAUGAUCAUCGCUAUCACCAUCCUCUCGAGGACUCCCGGUGCGCUGGCUCACUGGCGCGAAAGCCUGACACAACCGGUAAAAUUGUGGCGGCCACAGCAGAAAUACGUAGCACCACUGGCCAACUAGGUAGGAGAAAGGCGGCACCAAAAAAAAAUAUGUACAUACAUGACUCCAUCGUGAGGCGAUCUUCGUCGUUACGAGACGAUGGUGGAUGUUUACACUACAGCGCAUAGCUCGAAAAAGCAAAGCUAUAGUAUAGUAAACUAGGUACUUAAAUAGUAAUAAUACUGGGUUCUUGGGUCUAUAUGAA